CACGACAACAACAACAAGACGUUUUGCAUGCGACCACCGCGCCGCGCACUUUAGGUUCAACGGGCUUGAGCUCCGACCGGCGAUCCGAUCUCGACUGCUCCCUGAUAUCCCUGCCCAGUGAUGCUCUAUAUUUCUUUGCGCAUCCCAGCCAAUAGCCACUUUGCACGUAUUAUUGUCCGCUGUCCAUGAUUCAGCGCUGCGACAAGCCGUCUGCACGCACGACGCCUCGCAAUCUGUGCCUGGAACUACAACUGCCGCUGCCGAUCUAUCCAAUAGCACACGGUCACGUUGUCCGUGGCCAUCGCCGCACCACAGCAGCCCAAUAGUCGCUGCCAUAACACGUCCAUCGCACGCGCAAACGACUUCACCACCGACUCCUCCUGCCCGCACUGCGCCGAACAUCUGCGGCGAACGACGAUGAGGCUCUGAGAUCGCGAAUGUGGGAGCAGAGCACCGGAGACACCCGCGCCCGCGCUAGCACAUGCAGCACCACUUCCGACAUCACGUUUCUGUCUCUCGCACUGCGAGACGAAGGCAAGGGCACAGAGUGGAGCGGCGUCUCAAACCCGUCCAGGCAGGCGCAUGAUGGCGAGCAGGAGCGGAGCGGGCAAUGCCCUGCCGGGGUCCAUACUGUUGGUGGUGCAUGAUUUCGUUGCGCGCAGUCCCGACGAGCUCAGCUUGGCCAAAGGCGAUCGCAUUGAGCUGAUCGAGAGGGACGAUGACUUCGGGGACGGCUGGUUUCUUGGCAAGCAUAUGACGAACGGCAACAGUGGCCUGUUUCCGGAAGUAUAUACAACGCCAGCACCCAAAGGUACUCUGACCGGCGGCAUCGGCAGGUCUCGUCACCUGGCCAGUAAUACCAAUGAUGCCGCGCCCAUACUGGCUGCUCAAACUGCAGCCGCCAAUCUCGCAGGAGGCUCUGGCAGCAACGGAGUUUCGCAACGUUGUGCUUCGGCCACUCAGUCGAUGCCACCGACUGCAUCAGGUGCACAAACUUCUCUUGCACUCGCGAAUCUACGCACAAGCUUGCCUGCGAAUGCGGCGACUGCUGGUCGUAACUUUACCGCCACCUCGGACUCGCCUGUAAUGAACGAGACUCUUUCUGUUAUUAACGAGCAUAUCACCGACAUGAAGUCGCCCCGCACCUCCUACGUCAAUGGUAACACCAAGCGGGACACCAUGAGCAGUGUCUACUCCACCCAGCCACUUGUGCGACGGUCUUAUAUUGCUGGGCAUGAGACAGAUGAGGAAGAGCAUCAGCUGCAUACUGAAGAAGAGGUAAUGGGAUGGGGCCCCUUGCAGGUCGCAGAAUACCUCGAGGAUCACGGCGUGGAGACAGUCCAUUGCGAAGUGUUCAAGGAGCAGGAGAUCAGCGGCGAAGUACUUCUGGCCAUGGAUCAGAACAGUUUAUUCAUCAAGGAAUUCGACCUCGGCGCGAUUGGUCGCCGGCUGAAAACUUGGCACAAGAUCAAAGCGCUGCAAGAUGAAGUAAGGCGAAGUGCCAGUCCUGGCGUACAUCGAGAUGGCAGUGUGUCGGAGUAUUCUCUGGGCCUUGAGGCGGAAGAGAGCUCAACUGGAGAUUCGGGUAGGAACCGAAGCUCGACUGUUGCAGUACCCAGCCUGCCGAGAGCACUUACGACUAAGCGACGGAGCGGCGAUGUCAUGCCUGCUAGGAGCAGCACGGUAGACUCAACCGUGGCCGGCGCUUCGGAUCGAGCAAGCACCGGCAUGUCCCCCUUGCAAGCGAUGACUUCGGUGCGGCGAUCAGAAAACACCUACCGACCAUCUGCGCAAGGUAUUCGCCAGUUGAAUUAUUCCCGACGACAUUCUAGUAUCGAUUCGACCUCGACUGACGGUGCAAAUCGUGCUUCACACAGGAAGAAACCUUCGAUUGAUCAGAAAUGGGAGCCAGUACAGCCUAUCAAUGGGAGACAUGCCUAUACCAUCUCCACCGACGACAACAUUCUUCCGCAACGCAUACCUGGUGUUGCAUCUCCUAUCUCGCCUGAGGACCUCGAUCGUGGCUAUUUCUCUUCGAACGAGGUCGAUUCUAGGCGAAAGAGCGUCUUGACGAAGAGGAACUCGGCGGUCGUCAGUCCUAUACAGUCACAGACGGGUAGCUUUUUGUUGAGUCCGAAUUCUGAUAUCGGCCGAGAUCCUGUCAGCCCAAUUCUUCCGUCUAUUCAUCACCAAAAUGCAUAUGCCGCGGUUAAUAGCAAAUUCGGCAACUAUCGAUCCGCGACUACUGGCUCAGUGAACAGCAGACUGCCUAACGCAAUCAGUCCGGUGGUCACAAAGCUCGAUCCAUCUAGCAAUCAGUCCCUCAACGCGAUUGCUGCCAGCCCUACUGCCAUUCAAGACAGCACUAGUGACGCUUCGAGCGAGAGGGUGAUUCCGAGCCCUGCACGACUCAAUAUGGGCAUGUUGCAGACUGCGCGAGCCAAGGUGACCGGGUUGAGGACUACGAGCGAUGCUGUCACCAAAGCUGAAAAGGCGAGCAAAGGCGAUCAUGCAGUGAAGUCUCCUGCUCGGACUGGCUCUUCAACCCCAAGCACUGGCGAGAAGAGCCUGGAUCUUAGCAAAUCAGAUCUGAACUCGCGCACCUCGACUGGGUCUGGCGGACUUGUACCCCUACCUCCUGCGAAACGACCACGGGCCAGGACAAAGACUAAGAAGUCAACUUCAGCUUACACUCGAGGUCUGGUGAAGAAGGCACCUCAAGAGCAAAUGAUCAAUUGCGACUAUUCUGGCUGGAUGAAGAAAAAGAGUGGUUCAUUAAUGACCACCUGGAAACCACGUCUAUUUAUCCUCAAAGGUUGUCGAUUAUCAUAUUACUACGCGGACGACGAUACUGAGGAGAAGGGCUUGAUCGAUAUAGCAUUCCAUCGGGUCCUGCCCGCGCACAACGAGACAAUGACCAGUAUUCACGCAGCCAUGACAGGAGCAUCCGGAAACCCUGCAAGUCCGUUACACGGUAGCAUACCUACGAUGGCCGAGCAGGACCUUCGAAAUCACCCACCCAAGAAAGGUGAAGAAGGCGACGGUUUAUUCAUCUUCAAGCUCGUUCCACCGAAAGCCGGUCUAGCCAAGGGCGUCAGCUUCACCAAGCCUACAGUGCAUUACUUUGCAGUGAAUUCGAGACAAGAAGGACGCUUGUGGAUGGCGGCGCUUAUGAAAGCCACGAUUGAUCGGGACGACAAUGGCGUCGUCACAACAACGUACAAUCAAAAGACGAUCAGUCUUGCCAAGGCGCGCGAGCGUCGAGAGCGGCCGCCAGCUUUGAGAGACGACGAUGAUCUUGAUGGCCGUGCCGAGCUGGCUGGCGACGAAGACAGCGAACGAGGUCUCGGCAUUGGCGGCAUCGAGGAGAAAGAUGCUGCCAUGGCAGGCGCGGAAGAACGCACUAAUGGCGAGCACGUUGACGAGACAUCUUUAGCACCAAGCACAAACGCCGCUGGGACAGGAGACGAGCUCAACGAGAAAGAGCGGCUAGCUGUUGCUAUGAACGCCAGCUAG